AUGGCAGAAGGAGAUAGCUCAGUGGUAAUUCCACCACGAAAAUCUCAUCUGGCUCUCGCAUUUGCAAUUCUGAAGCAUAAGCCCGAGGGGAAAACAGUCAAGGAAUACAUCCUCGAACUUCGAAAUUUCAUCAAAAAAGCAAAGGACGUGGACUCUCUUCGGUCUGGCGAGACAGGACAAUUCUUUGACAGCAUUACGUUCUGGCAGAAGGCCUACGAAGCUUCAGAGGCAGAACAAAUUAAGCUGCACAACAAGAUUUAUGAGCUCGAACAGCGGAACAAUAACGCCUUAGCUAAUUUGAAUGUCGAAUCAGUAGUUAAUGGUGUGGUACCGGCUAAACGACUAUCCACCGACGCAAAUUUGGAUGAGCCAGGGAAGGGGAAGAAGAGGUUGUCCAAACGCAGUAAGGGAAAGAAGGCACAAGACGCUUCAACAGAUACGGAAGAGUCUGGUGCUGAUCCAACGAGACUGGUGAGGCAAGUGUUUACUCUCCAGUGUGCUAUUCAGAAAAAACGCCGCUCGAAAGCAAUCAUCACAGAUGCCGUUAUUGUGUGCAAAAUUGCAGAGUUGGAAAUUCUUGAGGCCGUCCAACGAUUUAUCCAACCAGCAAAUGAACAAGAGAAUGCUCAGUCAGUAACCAAACAGCCAAAUCUACCUACUGUCAUAAGGGCAGUAAGACUGUCAUUCCAGCUUGUUCAACAAGCUAUACAAAAGAUCAAUGGUUUGAAAGAUGAGAAGAAAGGUAGAGCGCAGAUCACCUACUACCUUGUUUGUCUGUUUGAGUCGGGCAUGACGGCUCUGACGCAGCUCUGUACUGCCAUUUCAAAGAGAGGUCCCGCAGCCAAAAAGAGCAAGAGAGCGGGUAAGCAGUGCCAGCGGCAAUUAUUGACUGAAGAUGAGACAGCCCAGCAGCUGGUCGACUUACUAGUCAUUAUGGUUGUAGCCCUUGACUUGCAGCGGCGCGAAGACCAAGAGCUGAUGGAAGGAUUUCUCUCAGUUGCCUUGGGUCGUGUGGGAAAGUUACUAGCUCUCUUCGUCUUCGAGGACCUUAAGCAGCCCACCGACUUACCCCCAGAUGGACUGGUUGCAAUGAUUAAAGAGGGCGUAUCACCCCAAGAGGCAAAGAUAGAAGCGACAUAUCUGCUCGGCUUUAUGGAAAGGGUUUUGGGUGAUGGAUGUCCACUUCUCUCGAACCUUGAUAUUGCGGGAUCUCAGUUCUUUCAACCGAUAAAAGAGCGCCUCCAAAAGACACUUAUGCAAGCAGUCUUCGGAAACGAUGACCCAUUGUUUCAGCAGGGAGGCUUGGAUCGACCUCCCACUCCUCCCAUUCUGGGACCUGGCAGCCAACAGGUUGGCAAAGCUAAAUUCGCACACUUUUUCACUCAAGAACUAUGGCGCCUGGUAGGCUGGGAUAUCCUGAGAUCCGCCCUUGAACCAUGA